GUACGUUUCGGUCACUUCGUCCGAUAACAAUUGCCAGUUGUCUGCUUGCAAUAUUAUUAUAUUUUAAUUUUAGUUUUUCCGUCGUGAAAGAAUUGUAUUAAUUAAUUUAAAAUGGCUGCUGAUAUUAUUUCUUACGCUUACUCGGCUUUAGUGGCUGUUGGUGGAAUCGUCGGUUAUAUGAAAGCUGGAAGUAUCAGUUCCCUGAUUGCAGGAUUAGCAUUUGGCAUAAUCUUAUCCUUUGGAGCCUAUCAGACAUCUCAGGAUCCAAAUAAUUGUUAUCUUUCGUUAGGUGCUUCCAUUGUUUUAGCAGGUGUUAUGGGAAGUAGAUUUUUGAACAGUGGAAAAUUUAUGCCUGCUGGAUUAAUUAUGAGUUUAAGGGAAUGUUAUCAAAUGAAAUCAUAAAUGUCAAAACUUUAAUGAUAUCUUACACUUCUUUAUUAUCAACUCCCAAAUGUAAUCCUGUACGCAUUAAUAAUACCAAAUUCAUACCAUGCUUUCCCAUAGCAUACCAAUAUUUUGUUGAUCUAUGCAUAGGGCCUAGGUAGAAGGAUUGUAAAUGUUAUUAAAAACUUUGAUGCCUACACUUUCAUUUCGUAAUAAAGGGCCUUCCAAAAUGAAUUCUACCACUUUAAAUUACUGUAAUUACAUUGAUUAUUAACAUAUAUGCAGUGUACACCAAUCAAUAGAUUAACUGUCCGAGUUUCCUCUCCUGACUGCAUUCAAUCAACUCGUCUUCUACUACCUCUAGAAAGCACUGUAAACAAAAAUGAUGACUCUGCAGUACAGAAACAUUUUGUGUUCUGCAGUUUGUAAAGUCAGAAUCACUCGUUACUAUGCAAUGAGAGUAAUCUGCAGGUGCUGUAGAAUUGUUGCUGCUGUGGGUGGAAUAAGGAUAUACUGCAAUGCGCACAGGGAGAAUUUGAGUAUCACUUGGAUGCGUGGAUGUGGCACAAGGUACACACAUUGAGAAAUUAUAACGGACAAAUGUUUUCCAAUGUUUUAAUAUACUGUAAAUUAAAAGGUUUUCAGAAAAUAAUUAAUAUAAUUACAAUAAUUUAAAAUGGUAGCAUUCUUUUUGGAAGACCUUGUAUUUCUGU